AUGAGAAAACAUUUAGAUCCAACUGAGAUUGAUAUUUUCUCUUGCCGUGAAUGUAAUAAAAAGUUUGAUCGCAAAGAUGCCUUUCAACGCCACCUUCAAAUCCAUUCAAAACGUGCACGACUUGACAAUGAAAUGGAUGGCUUGACUAAAACACGCAAUGAUUUCCACAAUGCAAGCAAUGAAAUUCCCACUCCAAACCGAGAUAUUCAAAUGUCAAUAGAUACAUCAGAUGUUGAAGAAGCAGGACACGCAACACCAAACAUCAAAACUUUAAAACCUAAAAAAUCAGUGUCUGCAUGUAAUCAAGAACAAGAGGAAUGGUCUAAAUCUACCAUGCAAGAAGGAUUCCCUUGUAUUGAAUGUGAUAAAGUCUUCACAUUUCAAACUAACUUGUAUAGGCACAUGAAGACCCAUUCACAAGCAACAAGGGUCAAAAUUGCACCCGUUCCUUUUGUUCACAAUCCUACAACCCAUUCUUCAGCAGAAGAGCCAAUGGACCAAGAUGUUGACCAACCCUCCAAGACUGAAAACAACGUUAAUCUUUCUACAGAGGAGCCAAUGGCUCUGCCUAUUGGAAAACCUACCAAGAUUGAAGAUGACAUACAUGAUUUUGUGGCCACAGAAAAGGCAUUUCAAUCCCGCCUAAUAACUUAUGAACUAAAACAUUCAAUUACCCAUACACAUGAACCUCAUUCUUACUGUUACUUGAUCAAAGAUUCUCUUAGUAGUUCUGAUCCUAUUGUACGUCUAUACAGAGGUGCAAAUGCAGCAAAGCAUUUUGUUGAAUCCAUUAACAAAGAUGUUUUAAAAAUUGGGGACAAACUCUACAAAGAAAGGCGUAUGACACCCAACUUAACCCCAGCAGAGGAAGCAGCUCACAUUGCUGCCUACCAGUGCUAUAUUUGUGGUCUGGGUUUUACUUCUGAUAAAGAUCCCAAAGUAAGGGAUCAUAUGCAUUCCACCCCAUAUACAUAUAGAGGUGCUGCUCAUUCAAGUUGCAAUAUCAGACAUCAAGAGCAAAAUACAAUCAACUGUUAUUUUCACAACUUAUCAUACGAUUCACAUUUUAUUAUCAAAGAACUUGGAUAUGAUGAAAGAGAAGUCUCUGUGAUUGCAAAUUCUGAGGAGAAAUAUAUUAGUUUUACCAAGUAUAUCCCUUAUAAGAAAGCAAACAGAGGAGUUCUUAAACUUCGAUUUGUUGAUACCUUGCGCUUCCUCCCAUCUAGCCUCUCUAAACUAGCAGACAACCUUCCUAAUGAAUGUUUCAAAGAAACUAAACGCAGAUUUCCAGAUCCCACUCAGUUUACACUUCUCACGCGCAAAGGUGUCUUUCCGUAUUCAUACAUCUCCUCAGUGGAGAAACUUCAAGAAACACAACUCCCACCUAGGCAAGCCUUCUACAACAAACUCACUUUAGAGACUAUUUCUGAACAGGAUUUUAAACACGCUGAAGAUGUCUGGAAAGCCUUCAACAUCAAAGAUUUAGGCCAGUAUUCCGAUCUGUACCUCCUUACUGAUGUCCUCCUUCUUACAGACAUCUUCGAACAUUUCCGAGAUGCGAGUCUAAAAUCACAUCAGCUGGAUCCUGCUUAUUACAUCACCCUGCCUUCAUAUUCAUGGGACUGUAUGCUGAAGAACACAAAUAUAAAACUUGAAACCAUUCAGGACCAUGAUAUCUACCUAUUUUUUGAAAAUGGCAUACGUGGAGGCAUUUCACAGUGCAUGAAGCGAAGAUCAGUGGCUAAUAAUAGGUAUUGUGCAGGCUACGACCCUUCAAAACGUUCCAAAUAUUUAACUUAUGUGGAUGCAAACAACUUGUAUGGAUGGGCUCAAUCUCAAUACCUACCAACAGGGGGAUUUAGAUGGUUAGACAGGGACGAAAUUGACUGCCUUAACAUAGAAACUGUGUCAGAUGAAAGCGAUGUGGGUUACGUACUUGAGGUGGACAUGGAAUACCCGCAGUCACUUCACGAUCAGCACAGAGAUCUCCCAUUCCUUUGUGAAAGGAAACCCACACCUGGCUCAAAACACCCCAAACUACUAACCACGUUAGAAAAUAAGAAAAAUUACAUCGCCCACUAUCGCAUAUUAAAACAGGCACUCAAACAUGGACUGAAAGUAACCACAAUUCAUAGAGUAGUAAGGUUUGACCAAUCUCCCUGGCUCAAACCAUACAUAGAUCUAAACACCAACCUACGGAAGGCUGCCAAAAAUGACUUUGAAAAGGAUCUCUUCAAGCUGUACAACAAUUCGGUUUUUGGAAAAACAAUGGAAAACGUAAGAAAAAGAUUGAACUACAAACUAACAACAAGUGAACGAAAGGCUGAAAAACUAAUUGCAAAACCAAAUUUCUUGCACCGAACAAUUAUUUCUGAAACGAUGGUUGGUAUAAAUCUAGCGAAAGAAAACAUAGUUCUUGAGAAACCACUUUAUGUUGGGAUGUGUAUCCUUGAGCUGAGCAAAGAACUCAUGUACAAAUUCUACUACGAGGUAAUAGUCCCACACUAUGGAGAAGAUAACGUACGCCUCAUUUAUAUGGACACGGACAGUUUUGUCAUAGAAGUAUAUACUCCUGAUUUGUAUGAGAGUUUUUUGCCAAUUGUCUAUCAUCUCGACACUAGUAGUUUACCAAAAAACAACCUAGCAUACCAACCUGACAAUGCAAAAGUAUUAGGAAAGUUUAAAGAUGAACUUAACGGGACAUACAUUCAAGAGUUCUUGGGUGUUAGAACUAAAGUAUAUUGCGUCGUAAAAGAAGAUGAAGUACAAGAUCCUAUAAAGAAAUGCAAAGGAAUCACCAAGCCAGUAGUAUCAAAAAUCCUUCGUGCCGAAGACUACCGCCGUUGUAUAAUGGAAAAUGAGGACUGGUAUACUAUGAACACAACUUUCCGGUCAUACAGACACGACGUCAAGACAAAGUGGGAGAAUAAAUUGACACUGAGUGGUUAUGACUUCAAACGCCACUUAUGUGCAGAUGGUGUUAAUACUCUUCCAUAUGGACACUAUGAUAUCUGUUAA